AGAGGGGGUAUUAAAGCAUCACACUGGGGAUUGCUAACCUGACAAGACAGAAUUGUAACACAGAAUAACGUAUAUUUGUAUCCAACUGCCGUGCAAGGUCAAACAAAUAUCCUGACAUUGCUCUCAGCGGCCUGGAUGAAUAGAGCCUAUGUUCAGCAGGAUUGAUCAGAGGUUAGCUGCAGUUGUUGUCGUCACUCGCCUGGCCUAAUAAAAGGAGGAAGGAGGAAAGCAGGGUCGGGUGACGUCAAGAAGAUUGGAUUUGCUGACCUUGCAAAUAACUUGAUCUGGUUAGAAAAGUCUGGCUGAACACACUCUGAUCCUCCUCCCCCGGCCCCAGACCUGACAGCAGCCAAGCACGGCCCGCCGCUCCACCAUGAUGCCCGGCAGCGCCCCGGGAAAGAAGCUGGACCUCUCCAAGCUCACGGACGAGGAGGCCAAGCACGUUUGGGACGUGGUCCAGCGGGACUUCGACCUGAGGAAGAAGGAGGAGGACCGGCUUGGUGACCUGAAGACUAAGAUUGAGAAGGAAGACAGUAAGAUCGAGCUCCUGGGCAAGCAGAGCAGUUUGUCGGAGUCUCACUGCAUCCGCUGCCUCCAACCAUUCAAGUUCCUGGUCAACAGCAAGCGGCAGUGUCUUGACUGCCAGCUUUUCACCUGCAAGGCAUGCAGCCGUUACAACAAGAAGGAGCUGGGCUGGGUGUGUGACCCCUGCCGCAUGGCCAGGGUGCUCAAGAUCGGCACGUUGGAGUGGUACCACGGGAACGUGCGCACGCGCUUCAAGCGCUUCGGCAGUGCCAAGGUGAUGCGCUCGCUUUUCAAGAGGCUGAGCGGGGAGCCCGGUUCGCCGAGGGAGCUCAGAGAGGACUAUGAGGAAGACAACCUGGACAGCUCGGAUGCCCAGCGAUGCAAAGAGAUGAGGAAGACCAAGAGGAUCCUUUCAGUCCAGCACUACGACCUGGACCUGGACCCGGACUACUCCAUCACCUCCAGGAGGAACUCCUUUAAGGAGCUGAGGGGCCAUGACGUGACAGCAGGGGGCGAGGGGGAGUGCGGGGAGCUGGACGAGGCGGACAUGAGCUCGGUGAUCCAGCAGGUCCUGGAGGGGCAGCGGGACGAACCGCCAAACCACUACAGCAGCGAGGUCCAGCUGGACUUCAGCCGCAGGAUCAGCCUUGGACGAGCACCGCACCCAGACGACAUGGUGUGCCCGGACACUCGCUCCGCAGGCCUGCGCCCGGUCUCCCGCCUCAGCCACUCCUCCUGCGGGAGUGGGGGGGGGCCGUACUCGGUCACCAGCUGCCCCCUGGAGCCCUACGACUCGGAGGAGGAGGAGGAGGAGGAGGAAGACCCCCGCUACCUCCUGGACCAUCAUCAUCCUCAUCAGCAUCUCUCUCAUUACCGUGGUGACAGCCCGGUCUACCAGGACAGCCUGGACUCGCCCCAACCUCCGCAGAUCAAGGAGCUGAACCGACGGAUGUCAUUGGUCGAGGGCAUUUUGAACAGCUUGGAGCGUAAGGUGGUCUCCCCCAGCGAGCAGCCCAGCCUGGCCCCCCGGGUCCCUGAGUCCCGGCCACCGCCCCCCCCCUCGGCCCCCCCCUUCUCUGAGGACCUGGAGGAGCAGCAGCUGAGACAGAAGCUGGACCAGCUGACGCGAGCCAUCAGCGACAACGGCCUGACCUCUGACGAGGAGGAGGAGGAGGAGGACGAGGAGGACGAGGAGGAGGUGGAGGAGGAGGAGCUCUCCAUCCCCCGCUGGAGGAGCCAUGUGGGGCCGAAGGCAGUGGGGGCCAGUCAGCCGCUCCCCUCCUCCACCUCCAUCUCCUCUGUGGAGGUGCAGCUGCUCCAGCCGUCCCACGCUCACAAGCUCAACCCUCCGACAGAGGGAGCAGAGAGGGGCUCGCGGCCCACGGAGGAGGCCUCCGAGGCGGGCUUCAGGGGCUCCAGCGCCCUGCUCUUUGAGCUGGAGGACAGGGUGGCCCAGGCCGCCGCCAGCGUCCAGACCACCCGGACACAGGUUUCGUACAUCGAGAACCGCAUCGCGGCGCUCGGAGCAGCUGGCAUGUCUGUGGACACGGGCAGGAGGAGGUCUGCAAUCCCAGUUCCAGUGACAAGACGACACUCACAAGGUUUUCCGACAAGCCAGGUGGGCAAGUUUGUGAGAAACUCAAUCUACACAGGGUCCCUGACCCAGCGCAACCCUGUGGCUAAGCCCCAGAGAGGGGCACCCUGUGCGAAACCUGUGAUGUCUCCGUGUCCAUGAGGAGGAAACUCAGCAUUAUAUGAAAGUGGUUCAUCUGGCUGUGAUGUGACUGUUUGUCCCGGCUCACAUCCGUACCGUACGGGUAGCCGUGUGCAGUGCAGUGGCCUGUGACCGGUUGCUCGCUUGUCCGUUCACAGUUAUUCUCUUAGUCAAACAAAGUCCACUGUUAUGUUGUGCUGUGUUAAAGGUUGUAUCAGCGAUUUUAGGCCGAAACAUAAAUUAUCACAUUAAUCUGAUAUUUUCUCACAAUCCGCUAGCUGGUCGCCCCAUAAGCAGGCCGUCAAAAACCGCGUCUCUGUAGGCAGCCUAUGCUCCGAGAUUGUUUACAAAAAUAAAUGGUACUACCAAGUUCCAACACCUCAAAACCAAAAUAAAUAGUAUUCCAAUCACCGACAAGGGGUGGGUGUUGUGGGGUUUUGCGCUGUGUUCAUGAUAGAUAUUCUGGAUGCACAAAACAUGGAAGGGAGGGACGAGCUGGCUCUCUUUGUUUGGGAUCUCGCUUCAAAUACCAACAGAAUUUACAUCACACAACAUCGCUGAUACAAUCUUUAAUAGAAAAUGCUGAUUGUGGAUGUUUUUAUCGACCUUGUCGAGUUCAUUCCUAUUGUUUAAGGAAGAACUCAGUAUCAAGGCUGUCUCAUUGACUCCUUGUUUAGAAAUCAAUCACAUAAACCAAUCACUUUUCAGGAUUUAAAUCUCUCUUGGUUUUGUUUUUGUUUGAUAUUUAGCUGACCAAAAAAAUACCAAAUACAGAGCUAACACCAAACACCACUUUGUUCAUGAACACAAUGCAAGUUUAAUAACAAUACCUGUGCUGUAGCAUGCUUUCCUGCAUAUCUAUACCAAAGUGAGUUUUUCAUACAUUUUGUAUUGGGAGAAGUUUAGGUUUGUAUAAUUAAACAUGAUUUUGCAGCGGCAAUAUUGACAGGAUAUUUAAGAACCUAUAUGAUAUGUACUGUACUAUAUCUUAAAAUGAACAUGGUAUGUCAUCAGAGAUUAACAAAGCAGUUGAUUUUUUUUUCUGUUUUCUCUGAACACAAUGCUUAUUAUUUGCAAACAAUAAAUACAUUGCAAAAGUA